GUUGUUUUUCACAAUUCUUCCUCAAAAGUCAAUGCGGCCUAACAUCGAAUAUUCAAAAAUAAUCUCUUGGAAUGUUUUCUAGUGUGACUUUGGUCACUCUUUUAACUUUCUCCCUUCCAUUACACGAAGUUUUAAUAAUACCGCUGCCCACCUAUUUAGAAUCCAGCUCUUCCUUCGCUUUUGAAAUAUCCAAAUCAGCUGGCAUAUUCCGUUGGAAAUUUGAGAAAUUGCAAGUUUCAGAUGUUUUUAGUUUGGUCCUUGAUUUGACGUGUUCUGCUGUAGUUAGCAAAAACCUGUUUAACUUUUUUAAUACUUUCUUCAUCCUAAGUAUAUGUUAAAUUUAUUGUGAACUGUAGAGAUCACAAAACAUCAAUAAGAAAUUUUAUCCUGACAUUUUGACUACUUGGAGAGUUAAUCGACUCUACAAAUAUUCUCUUCCUCUUUGUUUAUUUUGAGUAGUUAUAUCUGUGUUCCGUGGCAUUUAGCAUUCAGGGAGUCUGAGGCUGGAGAAGUGCCUGGAGUUCAAGGCUACCCUUUAUUACAUUAUUUACAGCAGUCUGCACACUGUGAGCUACCAAGUAUAUGAACUACAGCUUUUUUGAUUGAAUUCACAUACCUUCUAAAAUGUAAUCGGAACUGAGUCUAGUAGUUCAGCUUUGUAAUCUUUGCUACCAAAGUUUAGAUAGGAGAAAUUGCAAAUUUAAGACUUGCUCCCACUUUAGAGCAACCUAGUUGUAAGACCCUAUCUCAAAAAAGUGAGAAGCAGGUUAAGGAUGUAGCACAAUGGUGGAAUGCUUACUUACCUUGUAUAAGGCCUUAAAAUUAGCCCCUUAAACUGCAAAUUAACUUACCAUGCUGACACACAAUUGUAAUUCUAGCGCUUGGGAGUAGAGAGAGGAGGAUUGGGAGUUCAAGGCCAGCCAGCUGUGGCUGCACAAGAGCUUGUCUCAGGAAAGGAAGAAAAAAGAAUUAGUCAGGCGAGAUGGUGCACUCCUUUCAUAGGCUUUAAUCCCAGUACUCUGGAGGCAGAUGGAUUUCUGAGUUUGAGGUCAGCCUCACAUACUGAUGGAGUUCCAGGACAGGCUGGCAGGGCUACACAGAGAAACCCUGUCUCAAAAAGAAAAUUAUUCUUGACCUCAUGACUAAGCUGCCUAGAAGGUCCCCUGGAACUGGAGUUAGAGUAAUUGUGAGCUUCCAUGUAGGUGCUGAACCAAACCUGGAUUAUCUGGAAUAGCAGCCAGGGAUCUUCACCAGUGCCGUAUCUCCAGCUCCCUAAUUUUAACUUUUCUCGUAUUCUGUGUGUGUGCUACAGUGUGCAUGUGGAGGUCAGGGGACAACUUGAUGAAGUCUGUUCUCUCCCUCCACCAUGUAGGUCCAGGGAGUUGCACCUUUACCCAUAAGUCAUUGUACUGACCCUCUCUAGACAGGGUUUUAUGUCUCAGGUGUACUAUCCUAGAAAUGGAAGUAUGGUCACAGCUGGGUGGCCCCCAUCUAUAAUCCCAGCACAUGGACAGCAAAAGCAGGAUAAUUGCUGCAGGUUCAAUGCCAGCCUGGGCUUCCAAAUUGAGCUCCAGGCUAUCAGGGACACAUAGAAAGAACCUGCUUCCAGAAGAAGGGGUGGUGGCAAGGCUGAAAGAGAACAAGAAUGAUCUGCAUGUACCACUUACACUAACAGCGCGUAUGUAGAUUUCAGUUUCUCCACAUCUUGGCAACCUUUAUUUUGUAUUGGUUUUGUUUUUUGAAGUAGAGUGCCUCUAUGUAGUCCUGCUUUGCAGACCAUGCUGGCCUUGACCUCACUGAGAUCCUCUGCCCCUGCCUCUGCCAGAUCUGUUCUCUGUUUUGUUCUGUUCUGUGCUGAGUUUAAAAGAAAGAAAAAGAAAACAAAGAACAAACAAAUUAGGAUUAUCUCAUGUCUUUUUUGUGCACCACUGUGCCCUUUUCUUGAAUUCUAAACUGGGGGACAGGGCUGGAGUAGAGCUUACCCACUAUGUUGAAUAAGGCUCUGGAUGUCCCCUCAGCACCACAAAACACUUCAUUAAAAAGACAUGGGAAACCAGGCCGGUUGGCACAUGCCUUUGAUCCCAGCACUCUGGGAAGAGUUCAAGGCCAGCCUGGUCUGCAGAGCAAGUCCAGGACAUCCAAGGCUUCACAGAGAAACCCUGUCUUGAAAAACAAACAACCAAAAAAGACAUGGGGUAAUCCUAAUUUGUUUUUUCUUUGUUUUCUUUUUCUUUCUUUCGUGUGUCUGUGUGGCAUUUAAGCAUGAAGAAAUUGUGCAUGUGAAAUGCCUGCUCAUUUCCUGUGCUGUUUGGCCUGUUGAAACUAGCGAUUCUAAUGGCCAGCCAGGCCACUCUUUCCCAAAUGGCUUUAGGGAGAAAACAUGGUAAUCGGUUUCAGCAUAGUAAAGUUCAUUAGAAACCACUGGGAUAGCAUUCACUUUGCAUGUUCAUGGCUCCUAUAACCAGUAUUGGGCAAUCAGGAGCCAGGCCUUGAGUCCUCACCUCAUGCUCCUGUCAGUAAGCUCUGGGCUUUUGACAGUUAUGCUUAAUUUUGACCUGUUGGUCUGACUGCCGCUGGGUAACUUCAUCUUGGGGUUCACCAGACUUCAUCCACAAACAAGAAUUAGCAGCCACUUUCAGAGGUAGAAACUCCUUAUGUAGACCAGGCAGGAACUUUUGGGAGUUUUUUGUUUGUUUUGUUUUUUGACAUAGGGUUUCUGUGUAUAGCCCUGGCUGUCCUGGAGCUCUCUCUCUCUGUAGACCAGGCUGGUUUCUAAUCCACAGAGAUCUGUCUGCCUCUGUCUCCCCAGUGCUGGGAUUAAAGGUGUGCACCCCCCCCCAGCUGUUUGUUAGUUUAAUAAUGCCACUGUUCAUAUUAAGUGAAAUUUCAUCUUCUGUCAACCACUGUUAGCAUCCUCCAGAAUUUUUUUCAUGAUUCACAAGUGUUAUUUGCAAAUUUUUGUUCAUUUUGUUUUGUUUUGAGACAGGGUUUCUCUGUGCAGCCUCAGCUGUUCCUUUGUAGACCAGGCUGUCCUUGAACGCACAGAGAUCCCCCUGCCUCUGCCUCCCUGAGUGCUAGGAUUACAGGCAUGCACCCCCACAUCUGGCUGUAUUUGCAAAUUUUAAAAAACAAAAGUUUUGUUUGUUUUGUUUAAGAUAGGAUCUCACUAUCUGUCAUCAUGGGGUAUUUGAUCAGAUUGUGUACCCCAAAAUUGUGAACUGUAUAUCCUGUUUCUUUUUGGCAUGGUUGAAUCCUAUCACAUACCUUUAACCAAUAAUUUUUCUGUUUAUUAUAAACAAGUGAUUAUGAUGUGGUUCAGCCAUCCCUAGCACACAACUUUAAUCCAAGAGUGUUCUGAACACAGGACUUACUAAAGAUAACCUUGGGUCAAGAGGUGGAGCAAGUAACCAGCUGCCAGGGAUUAAAGAGUAGAAGGGACUUUUAGUUGAGGGGUAUUUAAGACAGCCUAAAGCAAAAGGAGCUUUAGCUCUUUGGCUUUUGGGGCUCUUUGAGCUGUUGGGCUUUCCAUUCAUUAAUAAUAAUAAUUAUGUAGUUCUGGCUGUUCUAGAAUUCACUAUGGUAUACCAGGUAGGCUGGCUUGGAACACACAGGCAUCCUCCUGCCUCUGCCUCCUGAGCCAGUGCUGAGAUUAAAGGUGUGUGCCACCAUUCCUGGCCAAGAUUUUACAUUUGUGUAUGUAGUGUGCUCAGUGGUGUGUACCUGUGGAUGACUUGCAGGAGCCAGUUCUCUCUCUCUAAGGGAAUUCUGGGGAUGAAACUCAGGUCAUCAGACUUGAAAGUAGAAAAUGUUGCUAGCACAAAUAAAUCGGGAUUCUCAGGGAAUGACAGAGUUUCCUGGAGGAGGAAUGGAGGCUCAACAUGUUACCCUGUGCUUGACAGAGGCAGUGACCGUGGCAGAUGGUGACAAUUUAGAAAAUAUGGAAGGUGUAAGUUUACAAGCUGUAACCCUUGCAGAUGGCUCUACUGCUUACAUACAGCAUAAUUCUAAAGAUGGGAGACUCAUUGAUGGCCAAGUCAUUCAGUUGGAAGAUGGUUCGGCUGCCUAUGUUCAACAUGUCCCCAUACCUAAAAGUACAGGGGACAGUUUGCGGCUGGAGGAUGGGCAAGCAGUGCAGUUAGAAGACGGAACCACUGCGUUUAUUCACCACACUUCUAAAGAUAGCUAUGACCAGAGCUCACUUCAGGCAGUUCAACUGGAAGAUGGAACAACAGCUUACAUCCACCAUGCAGUGCAGGUCCCACAGUCUGAUACCAUCUUAGCGAUUCAGGCUGAUGGGACAGUGGCAGGGCUGCACACUGGGGAUGCCACAAUCGACCCAGAUACCAUUAGUGCUUUGGAACAGUAUGCAGCAAAGGUGUCCAUUGAUGGGAGUGAAAGUGUAACAAGUACAGGAAUGAUUGGGGAAAAUGAGCAAGAGAAAAAAAUGCAGAUUGUCUUACAAGGACAUGCUACGAGAGUAACUCCUAAAUCUCAACAAAGCGGAGAGAAGGCAUUCCGGUGUAAAUAUGACGGGUGUGGCAAACUCUACACAACAGCUCAUCAUCUCAAGGUCCAUGAGCGCUCACACACAGGAGACCGGCCUUAUCAGUGUGAGCAUUCAGGCUGUGGGAAAGCAUUUGCGACAGGUUAUGGAUUAAAAAGUCAUUUCAGAACUCAUACUGGAGAAAAGCCAUAUCGGUGUUCAGAAGAUAAUUGUACAAAAUCUUUCAAAACUUCAGGAGACCUACAGAAGCAUAUCAGAACCCAUACAGGAGAAAGGCCCUUUAAAUGUCCUAUCGAAGGCUGCGGUCGGUCCUUUACAACAUCAAAUAUCAGAAAAGUGCACAUUAGGACACACACGGGAGAAAGGCCUUAUUACUGCACAGAACCAGGAUGUGGGAGGGCAUUUGCCAGCGCAACUAAUUAUAAAAACCAUGUGAGGAUACACACAGGAGAAAAGCCAUAUGUCUGUACAGUUCCUGGGUGUGACAAAAGGUUUACAGAAUAUUCCAGUUUGUAUAAACACCAUGUCGUUCACACUCAUUCUAAACCAUACAACUGUAACCACUGUGGGAAGACAUACAAACAGAUCUCCACGCUGGCCAUGCACAAACGGACAGCCCACAAUGACACAGAGCCCAUUGAGGAGGAGCAGGAAGCCUUCUUUGAGCCUCCCCCAGGUCAAGGUGAUGAUGUUCUUAAAGGGCCCCAGAUCACGUACGUCACAGGUGUAGAAGGAGAGGACAUUGUGUCUACACAAGUGGCCACAGUAACCCAGGCUGGAUUGAGUCAGCAGGUCACGCUCAUAUCCCAGGAUGGGACUCAGCAUGUCAACAUAUCUCAAGCAGACAUGCAGGCCAUUGGCAACACCAUCACCAUGGUAACACAGGACGGCACACCCAUCACAGUCCCCACUCACGAUGCAGUCAUCUCCUCAACAGGAACACACUCUGUUGCUAUGGUCACUACUGAGGGCACAGAAGGACAGCAGGUUGCAAUUGUGGCUCAAGACCUGACAGCAUUCCAUACAGCCUCUUCAGAAAUGGGACACCAACAACAUAGCCAUCAUUUAGUAACUACAGAAACCAGACCUCUGACCUUAGUGGCAACAUCCAACGGCACCCAGAUUGCAGUUCAGCUUGGAGAGCAGCCAUCUCUGGAAGAAGCUAUCAGAAUAGCAUCUAGGAUCCAACAAGGAGAAACGCCAGGGCUGGAUGAUUAAUAUGCAGAACCAUACAGCAAUAAAACGGGAAGAAGGAGCCUUUCACCUUCUGCGGCAAAAAUGCCUGAAGCCUGGCUUGGCAGAGCAGACGUUCCAUUCCUGAAGCACUGUACACAUUUUUAUGCAGCAGUGGAGAACACUUUCUUCUUGAUGCUUUUGUGUACAUAGACCCUGGAAUAAAUUCCCAAAGUGAUUCAUUGUGUACAAGGAAGUAUGAAAUGAGGGCACUACAGCAAUUCUUCAUGUUACUCUUCAUCACACGGCAGACUUCUGGGAUCUGCCCAUAAGACUGAAGGUCUGAACACAGUCAAGAUGAGUUUUUAAAUUACUGUGAAAAAAAGAGAGAGAAUAAAGCCUGUAUCUAAUGUGCUGAAGGUUCUACAUGUCAAACAGUCGUAACUUCAAAGCCAUCACAGUAAUAAAGGAUGCAAGCCUUCAGAUGUC